AUGCUAAUAUCCUCUUCCCGGUUUACAGAGCAGCUGGCUGCUGCAUCUGCGCUUGCGCGAGCUGCCGCCUCGCACUUGAGUAGUGCCUCAUCUUCGUCGGACACGCCUACCAGUUGUGGUCAACAUGUAACACCAAGUCAGAGUCCAAGCAAAACAGAAACCUCCAGCUCUUCUGCUGGACGUUCCUCAAUUGUGUCCUCACCUGUGAUCAUCAUUGGCUCUAGUCCCCCCACCAAUAGCAUGUCUACCGUUUCCACUGUAGAUACUGGCAACAGUGGUGGCAUCGCUUCCGCUAGUGGACAGGCAAAUGAACAGGCCGCCCCUGGGGGCUCCCGAUCCACUGGACACGUUACUACCUCUACAGUUUCCGGCCUAAUGGCGAGCCCCACUGCUGCUGGAUUUAGCUCUGCGGUAUCGCUUACUAGUCUAUCCAGUGUGAUUACUACUCUUCCCCCCACCUCCACUACUGCUUCUUGCAAAAGUUCAGCGGCCUCUAGUCCAAAUGGGUCUACUGGCUUCCAACUUACUGACUUGAAACCUGCUCUCAGUCUUCUUGAUGACUCGGAAUCUUGUCUAGCAGCUAUAUCACAAAUGCCGCCACCAUCGUCAUCCUCGCAGCCAAUCACUGCAAAUGCGCAGCAGCAACAACAGCAUUCAAGCAGUGCCUUGUCUUCUUUGACGCCUAUCAGUCCCACAUCAGCCGGUCGGCUCUCGGCAAUGGCAGCUGCGGCAGCAGCAGCAGCUGCAAUCACUAUGUACCCAAAUCCCAAUACACAUCUAUUGCAGCCUGUUCAGACAUAUGCUGCAGGCAGCUCUUUAGCUCCAGUAGCAACUAGUGUUUCGGGUACCUCCUCAUCCUCCACUGCUUCUGCAUCGAUGAGCGCAACCGUUGCCACUGCUGCCACUACUAAUACCAGCAACACUUCUUCAAUGCUACCACAGGCAUCUGGAAGAUUAGGCUCUGCAUCCUCUUCUCGAACUUCGUCGCAAACUCAUCUUUCCUCCAGCCUUCAAUCAUCCUCAUUCUCAUCUGCAGCGGCAGUUGCGGCCGCCUCUCUUCUACACCAUCCACACCAAGUGGCUGUUCAACGACAACAAACUCAAGGGGUAGGCUUGAAAGUUUGUGAAUGA